AUGGAUGAGAAAGGAAGAAACGUUAUCGUUUGUGACAACGGAACUGGUUUCGUCAAGUGUGGAUAUGCAGGCAGUAACUUCCCCGCUUUCAUAUUCCCAUCAAUGGUCGGCAGACCGAUCAUCAGGGCAGAGAACAAAAUUGGAGAUAUUGACGUUAAGGAUUUGAUGGUAGGCGAUGAAGCAUCGAAGCUGAGGUCUAUGCUCGAAGUCAGCUAUCCUAUGGAGAAUGGGGUUGUCCGCAACUGGGAGGAUAUGUGUCACGUCUGGGACUACACCUUUGGGCCUAGCAAAAUGAACAUCGACCCUAAAGAAACAAAGAUAUUGCUGACAGAGCCCCCCAUGAACCCUACAAAGAAUAGGGAAAAGAUGAUUGAGGUAAUGUUUGAGAAAUACGAGUUCGACAGCGCAUACAUCGCUAUCCAGGCUGUUCUCACGCUGUACGCCCAAGGACUUAUCUCUGGAGUCGUUGUGGAUUCAGGUGAUGGUGUCACCCAUAUCUGCCCUGUGUACGAGGAGUUUUCACUUCCACAUCUUACCAGAAGGCUGGACAUCGCUGGCAGAGAUAUCACCAGAUAUCUUAUUAAGUUAUUGCUCCUCCGAGGAUAUGCCUUCAACCACUCGGCAGACUUCGAGACAGUACGUAUGAUGAAAGAGAAGCUGUGCUACAUUGGGUACAACAUCGAUCAGGAACAGAAACUGGCGUUGGAGACCACUGUGUUAGUUGAACCUUAUGUGCUCCCAGACGGUCGAGUGAUCAAAGUGGGUGGUGAGAGGUUCGAAGCGCCAGAGGCGUUGUUCCAGCCUCAUCUAAUUAACGUCGAAGGUCAGGGCAUCGCAGAGCUCGUCUUCAAUACCAUACAGGCUGCCGACAUAGAUAUGCGUAACGAGCUCUACAAACACAUAGUGCUGUCUGGAGGCUCCACCAUGUACCCUGGACUACCCUCCCGCCUCGAGAGGGAGAUCAAACAGCUGUACCUUGAAAGAGUGCUCAAGAAUGAUUCUGAAAAACUUGCGAAAUUCAAGAUACGCGUCGAGGACCCUCCGCGCCGUAAAGACAUGGUGUUCAUCGGUGGUGCUGUGCUGGCCGAGGUGUGCAAGAACAGGGACAACUUCUGGCUCUCCAAACAAGAAUAUCAGGAACAGGGUCUGUCCUGCCUGAGGAAGCUGGGAGCCCGCGCCAGUUAA